AGAGCGGAGUAGCCUUGCGACUGUGAGGUUCAACUAGUCCUCUUGAACAGUGACUAGUGGCGAUAACUUAAGGUAUUCAUCACUGGCACUGUAAGCGCAUUAAGGUUCGCACUUGCAGCAGUCAUUGGGUGCUUUGUGAGAACACAUCAUCGUGUUCCCUUAUUUUGUGUACGUGCUAGUUCAGAGUUCCAAGCUUACAGAAAAUAAGAUCGACUACACGAGACAAGGGAACUGAAUCAUAGCCCCGCACAACUGAAAUCGGCUGCGCACGAAAGCUUGUGUUCUGCCACGGCAUGGACAAUGGUGGACGGCACUCGCUGUUCUGAAGGAGGAAUUUGAUGCAUGACUCGCUUGACAUGAUACAUUUUUAAUUUUGCUUCAACUUCCACUGAAAUCAAGAGGAGAAAACUCUCAUUUUUAAAACAAAUUACCUGUGAACGACGAUUUUGUGUUCAGCUUAUCCAGGUACUGUCUGAAAUGUAUCUGAAGGCUGUAGGUGCUGUGAUCCUGCUACCUAUCCAGAUUCUUUAUUACAUUAUCAAGGCAGGCGUGUGUUUCUUGCUACCGAGUAAACGGAAGAGCCUGACUGGGGAAGUGGUGCUGAUCACAGGCGGCGGAAGAGGCAUCGGUCGUCACCUGGCAAAAGAAUUUGCCAAACAAGGGGCUAAAAAGCUGAUCCUUUGGGGACGCACUGAGAAAUGUCUGAAGGAGACGUGUGAGGAGAUCAACCUCUCAGGGACAGAGUGCCAUUAUUUUCUCUGUGACGUGGCCAACCGAGAGGAGGUAUACAAGCAAGCGAAGGUGGUCAGAGAAAAGGUGGGAGAUGUUACCAUUCUUGUGAACAAUGCAGCAGUGGUGCACGGGAAGAGUUUGAUAGACAGUGACGAUGAUGCCCUUCUGAAGUCACAGCACAUCAAUACAAUGGGGCAGUUUUGGACUACAAAGGCUUUCCUUCCACGCAUGCUGGAGCUGCAGAAUGGCCAUGUGGUCUGUGUGAAUUCUAUCUUAUCACAGUCACCCAUCCCUGGUGCUAUUGACUACUGCACGUCCAAGGCUUCUUCACUGGCCUUCAUGGAGAGCUUGACCCUGGGUCUGCUGGACUGCCCUGGAGUCAGCUGUACAACUGUGCUUCCCUUCCACACCAACACUGAGAUGUUUCAGGGCAUGAGAGUAAGAUUCCCUAAACUCUUUCCACCACUUAAGCCGGAAGUGGUGGCCCACCGAACCGUUGACGCUGUCAGAACCAACACAGCUUUUGUCCACCUACCAUGGACCAUGCAUGCCCUUGUUAUACUCAAAAGCAUCUUACCACAGAGUGCCCUCGAGGAAAUUCACAAGUUCUCAGGAAGCUAUACCUGCAUGAAUACAUUCAAAGGACGGACAUAGGAAGCAUUGAUGCUUCACAGGAGUUUCCAGUGUGCAUACGUCUCAAAGAAGCUACAGCACCAUUGUGAGCUCUGUAAUAUGGACCAACAAUGGGAAAAUUCCUGAAUACACAAAGGAGUUCCUCCAGUGGUGUUCCUGCAGACACUUUUAAUUGAGAUCCAUACAAAUGGAUGUCAUGGCAUACUGCAGUGCAGUGAAUGAUGCUCAAACCUAGGGACUGGCCGGUCAUUUUUGACCUCCAUGUGUUGUUGGAUGAACUUUGAAUGAUUUACACAUGUUGAGCUCAGCCUUUGCAAGAACAGUCCCACUCGUUUGUGUUCCAGUUAUGUACAUGUUUGUUUUGUUUUGUUUUUUUAAC